AUGGAUGGAGCCAGGAAAGAAUCUGAAAAUGGGUCUUUGCUGAUAGAUGCCUCCUCACAUUUCCCACUGGUGGAUCCCUUCUCACAACCAUUGCACUUCAUUGAAUCCUGGAAUUUCCAUCUACUCUCUGCUCUGAUGUUCUUGGUGACUUCCUUGUCCCUGUUUGAAAAUUUUAUUGUCAUUUUCAUCACUGUUAAAUUCAAACAGUUGAGGCAACCUCUCAACUAUGUCAUUGUGAACCUCUCCGUAGCUGACUUCCUUGUAUCUCUGGUUGGAGGAACAAUCAGCUUCCUCACUAAUCUGAAGGGUUAUUUUUAUAUGGGCCAUUGGGCGUGCGUCCUGGAAGGCUUUGCAGUCACCUUCUUUGGCAUCGUUGCCCUUUGGUCACUUGCUUUGCUUGCGUUUGAGCGCUAUGUUGUCAUUUGCCGUCCCCUGGGAAACUGGCACUUCAAGGGGAAGCAUGCUGCUCUAGGAAUAGCCUUUGUGUGGGUUUUCUCCUUGAUAUGGACAAUCCCUCCAACAAUGGGGUGGAGCAGCUACACUCCCAGCAAGAUUGGGACCACUUGUGAACCCAACUGGUAUUCUGGAAAAUAUAACGAUCAUACUUUCAUUAUUACCUUGUUCACCACUUGUUUCAUAAUGCCCUUAUUGGUUAUUUUGGGAUCCUAUGGAAAACUGAUGCGGAAACUUAGAAAGGUUUCAGACGCUCAGGGCAGAUUAGGGUCCGUACAGAAGCCAGAAAGACAAGUUGCCAGAAUGGUGGUGAUUAUGAUCCUUGCUUUUUUAAUCUGCUGGACUCCAUAUGCAGCCUUUUCCAUCUUGGUCACCAGCCAUCCCUCGAUUGAGCUGGAUCCUCGCCUUGCUGCAAUCCCAGCCUUUUUUUCAAAAACAGCCACAGUUUAUAAUCCAAUCAUCUAUGUCUUUAUGAACAACCAGUUCCAGAAAUGUCUAAUCCGGCUGUUCCGGUGCAGUGGACAAGAAACAGAAGACACCAACAUGAAUCAGAUUUCAAAGAGAAGAGUGCUAACACGUACCAAAGCGUUUGGCAAGGUCUCCACAGUUACAGCCGGUGUGACUGUCUUCAACCAGAGAAAUGAAGAGGAGAGAAGUAACUGA